CCGGCUUCCGCAGACGGCCCUGGUGGGCGAUCGGGUGGCGGUGGAGGACGUUCCCCGCAGCCGGAGCCAUGGAGAUGCCGCUGCCGCCCGAUGACCAGGAACUCCGAAAUGUCAUCGACAAGCUGGCCCAGUUCGUGGCCCGGAACGGGCCCGAGUUUGAAAAGAUGACGAUGGAGAAGCAGAAGGAUAACCCGAAAUUCUCGUUUCUGUUCGGAGGCGAGUUCUACAGUUACUACAAGUGCAAGUUGGCUCUAGAGCAGCAGCAGCUCAUCUGCAAGCAGCAGGCCCCAGAGCUGGAAGCGGCCACGGCCCUGCCACCACUGCCACAGCCCCCGCUGGCCCCCGCUGCGCCCAUCCCGCCAGCCCAGGGCACCCCAUCCAUGGACGAGCUCAUCCAGCAGAGCCAGUGGAACCUGCAGCAGCAGGAGCAGCACCUGCUGGCCCUCAGACAGGAGCAGGUGACAGCAGCCGUGGCCCACGCGGUGGAACAGCAGAUGCAGAAGCUCCUGGAGGAGACCCAGCUGGACAUGAACGAGUUUGACAACCUGUUACAGCCCAUCAUCGACACCUGCACCAAAGAUGCCAUCUCGGCUGGGAAGAACUGGAUGUUCAGCAACGCCAAGUCCCCACCUCACUGCGAGCUGAUGGCAGGCCACCUCCGGAACCGCAUCACGGCCGACGGGGCGCACUUCGAGCUGCGGCUGCACCUCAUCUACUUGAUCAAUGAUGUGCUGCACCACUGCCAGCGCAAGCAGGCCCGGGAGCUGCUGGCCGCCCUGCAGAAGGUCGUGGUGCCCAUCUACUGUACCAGCUUCUUGGCCGUGGAGGAGGACAAGCAGCAGAAGAUUGCCCGGCUCCUGCAGCUCUGGGAGAAGAACGGCUACUUUGAUGACUCCAUCAUCCAGCAGUUACAGAGCCCGGCCCUGGGGCUCGGCCAGUACCAGGCAACCCUCAUCAAUGAGUACUCCUCGGUGGUCCAGCCGGUGCAGCUGGCCUUCCAGCAGCAGAUCCAGACCCUCAAGACACAGCACGAGGAGUUUGUCAACAGCCUGGCCCAGCAGCAGCAGCAGCCGCAGCCACAGAUCCAGAUGCCGCAAAUGGAAGCUGAAGUCAAGGCCACGCCGCCGCCGCCUGCGCCACCCCCCGCCCCCACGCCUGCCCCGGCCAUCCCACCAACCACCCAGCCUGAUGACAACAAGCCUCCUAUCCAGAUACCCGGCUCUUCUGAGUACGACGCCUCAGGAGGGGUCCAGGACCCUGCUGCCACCGGCCCCCGGGGCCCUGGGCCCCAUGACCAGAUCCCACCUAACAAGCCCCCGUGGUUUGACCAGCCUCACCCCGUUGCUCCUUGGGGCCAACAGCAGCCUCCUGAGCAGCCCCCCUACCCACACCACCAGGGCGGGCCGCCCCACUGCCCGCCCUGGAACAACAGCCACGAGGGAAUGUGGGGCGAGCAGCGUGGGGACCCUGGCUGGAAUGGCCAGCGCGACGCCCCCUGGAACAGUCAGCCCGACCCCAACUGGAACAACCAGUUCGAGGGCCCCUGGAACAGCCAGCACGAGCAGCCACCCUGGGGCGGGGGCCAGCGUGAGCCGCCCUUCCGCAUGCAGCGGCCGCCACACUUCCGCGGGCCCUUCCCGCCCCACCAGCAGCACCCGCAGUUCAGCCAGCCGCCACACCCACACAACUUCAACCGCUUCCCGCCCCGCUUCAUGCAGGACGACUUCCCCCCUCGGCACCCCUUCGAGCGGCCGCCCUACCCUCACCGCUUUGACUACCCUCAGGGGGACUUCCAAGCUGAGAUGGGACCCCCUCACCACCAUCCCGGCCACCGCAUGCCUCACCCUGGGAUCAACGAGCACCCGCCUUGGGGUGGGCCCCAGCACCCUGACUUCGGCCCUCCUCCCCACGGCUUCAACGGGCAGCCCCCUCAUAUGCGGCGACAGGGCCCUCCCCACAUCAACCACGACGACCCCAGCCUGGUCCCCAACGUGCCCUACUUCGAUCUCCCUGCCGGGCUGAUGGCCCCCCUCGUGAAGCUGGAAGACCACGAGUAUAAGCCUUUGGAUCCUAAAGACAUCCGCCUUCCUCCCCCCAUGCCACCCAGUGAGAGGCUGCUGGCGGCUGUGGAGGCCUUUUACAGCCCUCCGUCACACGACAGACCCAGGAACAGUGAAGGCUGGGAGCAGAACGGCCUCUAUGAGUUCUUCCGAGCGAAAAUGCGGGCCCGGCGGAGGAAAGGCCAGGAGAAGAGGAACAGCGGACCCUCGAGGUCUCGGAGCAGGUCCAAAAGCCGAGGGCGCUCCUCCUCCCGCUCCAACUCGAGGUCCUCCAAGUCUUCCGGCUCCUACUCAAGGUCAAGGUCUCGUUCCUGCUCCCGCUCCUACUCCCGCUCCAGAUCCAGGAGCCGCAGCCGAUCACGCUCCUCACAAAGCCGCUCCCGGACCCGCUCUCGCUCUCGGUCCAAGUCCUAUUCCCCGGGAAGGAGACGUCGGUCGCGGUCCAGGAGCCCCACCCCGCCUUCCUCGGCUGGUCUGGGUUCUAAUUCAGCACCUCCUAUACCUGACUCCAGGCUCGGGGAAGAGAACAAAGGACAUCAGAUGCUGGUGAAAAUGGGCUGGAGUGGAUCUGGCGGCCUCGGCGUGAAAGAGCAAGGAAUCCAGGACCCCAUCAAGGGGGGGGACGUCCGGGAUAAGUGGGACCAGUACAAGGGCGUGGGUGUGGCCCUGGACGACCCCUACGAGAACUACCGCAGGAACAAGAGCUAUUCCUUCAUCGCCCGCAUGAAGGCCAGGGACGAGUGCAAGUAG